AAUUCGCUCAGUUUGUCCCUCGCUGUUUCCCGUAGUCUGUGAGAAAACAUGGCUUCACACACAAGCAAGGCAUUUCUGUCUCUAGGUCGAAUAAAUGUUGCUGGUCUUGGACUACAGAAUUAUAUGAGCAGGGUGACAUAUGUCACGGCUGUAUCUGCAAACUCUCCCAAAGGGAAUAAAGACAAUCUGGAGAGAGGCGGAAGAGGACCAAUAACCAGAAAACCCAGAAGAGAUCCAGGGGAGCCCAGGACAGGAAAGAUGCCAGAGGAUCAGGACUGGACUUCAGUCUAUCCUGCAGCCGCCCCCUUCAGACCAGGCUCUGUCCCGCUGCCUGUGAGGAUGGGUUACCCUGUGAAGGGAGGCGUUCCUCCUGAGAAGAGGGGAAACUUGGAGCUGCUCAAGAUACCAAACUUUCUGCAUUUGACUCCGGCAGCCAUCAAGAAACACUGUGAAGCUCUGAAACCGUUCUGCACAGAGUGGCCGUCUGCUCUGGACUCCGAUGCCAAGUGUGACGAGCACUUCCCCGUCAAACUGGAGAGCACAGACUACGUGUCAGCCGGCCCCUCCGUCAGAAACCCUUCAGCUCGCGUCAUUCAUCUCACAGUUAAACUGUCCAGUCUUAACUUGGACGAUCACGCACGCAAGAAAAUGCUCAAGCUCGUUGGGGACCGAUAUGACAAAGACACUGACAUACUCACCAUCAAAGCAGACAGCUGUCCACUCAGACAGCAGAAUCAGGACUACGCCAUGUACCUGCUGACCGUCCUCUACCACGAGUCCUGGAAAACCGAGUUCUGGGAGGCUGAGAAGACCGUAGCAGACAUGGAGGAGUACAGCUGGGACGACAGCCCGUCUCAGAAGAAUCUCCUGGAUGUUCUAGCGCGAAUGGAAGUGGCCGUCGAAGGAGAAGGCGAGGAAGUGCGAGAGCAGCUGCUGGGGAGAAAAGAAGUGCAGGAGUAUAAGGACUCUGUCACACGCUUGAAGAACGAGGGGGGGAGUGAGAGCAGCAUGCUGGAGUACAAAGAGGCUGUGAAGAAAGUACUCAACCUGUAAUAUAGAUUCAUGUAGAACUAAAUUUAUAGCAAGAUGAUGACAAAGGUCCACUGUAAUAUUUUCAGUUACUUCCAGUCACACACAGAGAGGAUCCUGUAAAUAAUCUGAUCCAACAUAAAUCUUGACAUCACAACUGUUAGGGUCUCUCUAAUGUAUUUAUUUUUCCUGCCACAUCAUCUGUAUAAUCAUGUCUUUAUACAAAAAUAAAAGUCUAAUGUGUCCUCUUUG